AUGGAUUUCAUACAGACUCUGGAUCCAUCCAAGCUCGUAUUAGCAGGAACGGGGCUCUCUUUUCUAAUUUCACUCGGGGUGUCUCCUUCAUACAAUUUCCCGCUUUUCCUCUUUGGCUGCUACGCUCAAGAGACCACGGAAGCGGCCCAGUCAUUGCAGACCUUCACUGACCUCCUUGGUGCCUCGGUACUCUUCGACACAGUUUGGAUGAUUAAGAACCACCAGCAUGGCUUCUUCAAAUUUCUCAACAUCUGUUUACUGCUUCUAAAGUUGCCAACAUUCCUCGCCUUUGCAAACGCUGUCCGCCAGCGCGGUGGUCAACUGGGUUUGGGUUCCAAUAACUUGAGCGGUCCGACUCUUUGGUCAAUGCCAGGUGGCUUUACUUCUAAUGCAAGAGAGGGUUACCAAACAGUCGACGAUGAUACUUUCGUUCGAAAUGCGAGACCUGCACCAGCUAGCCAACGCCCUGCACCUCCUACCGAGCAAACAGCACCAGGAGCAUACCAAACCGUGUAA